CGGCCACCCCUUCUGCCCUCCUGCUGGCACGUGAGGAGCACCAAGGCAGACCCACCAGCAUGGAGGCCGCCCUGCUCAGCCUCGUAGCGUUCUGCAUGUUGGGCGUCCAGGCCGAUGUGGAAGUGGAUCCAAACUUCGACCUUAAAAGGUUUGCAGGGAAGUGGCACGUCCCGGCUCUCGCCUCCACUGACCCCAUGCUCCAGAGCCUGAAGGACAUCAUCACGACACCGGCAGCCCGGAUUGUCCCCUUACCCAAUGGCAACCUGGAGAUAGAAACUUAUUACCUUUUGGGAGAAGAUUGCGAAGGGAUGAAAGGCACCUAUAUGAAGACGGAGCAGCCGGGACACUUCACCGCAAGUGACGAGAAGGGCAAGAAGGACCUGCGGGUGCUGGCCAGCGAUGCCAACUUCGCCAUCGUCUACGUCCAGUGGGAGAUGAAGGGGAUGCCCCCCAGCAGGAGUCUCCAGCUUUACAGCAAAGACCUAAAGGGAAGUGAGAACCUGGACAGAUUCAAGGCCUAUUGCCAGAAGAUGGGGCUCAUGGGCGAUCUGGUGGUCCCACCCUUGUCUGAUAAAUGUUUCAAGCAAAUUAGCGGCUGAAGAGAACCGGCCUCUCCCUGUGCAGCCAAAGACCCUCCUGUUCCUGACGCUUCAGCCCGGAAGCCAUAACUGCUGGUCUCCCACCUCUUACCCCCCACCCUCCUUCCUCAUUCGCCUUGCCCACCUUCCUUCCUCCUUCCCUGGAAAUAAAGAGAUUACAAUUUCCCUUCU